UCGAUCGCGAGAAACAGAUGAUCAUUAGCUCGAGAGAUUUGCACGAGUCGUUCGUCGAGCCUUUGGAGUUGGUGGACGAUUCCGACAAGGACAUAAGAGUGAGGCUCGGAAGGAGCUUGAAAAGCGUGGACACGGGGAUAGCCGGGUACGUUGGAUCAAUGGCGGUCAAUGGUUCCGGCCAGCCGGGGAUCGGGGAUCGGCCGAUCGAGAAUACGAGUUCGAUCCGAUCGGGAUUCGCUCUCGCCGCGAAUCCCUCCCCUUUCGACCUGGAAAAUUUGUUCAAGGGGAGGGUGAAGAGGCAAGCAGCGUCCCUCCCCUACGACGCGUACUACGACGAGAUGAAUCAACGAGGGGCGAAUCCCGAUUCCGAAACGAUGUACUACAAUCGGUAUAUCAAAAACGAGGAGAACGAUCAUUUCCAACCGUACGAAAAUCGCGACAAGGUGUCGAGCUUGAAGGAUCUCGAGUUGGGCAAGUCGAGUGACGCGGACGAUUACAAUAGGGUAUCUAGGAACAAGGAUCCCGCGAAGAAGAAGAAACACAACGCUAAGAAGAAGAACAACAACAACAAGAAUAAUAAUAAUAAUAAUAACAGUAACAACAAGUUGAAGAAGAAGAGGAAGAAGGUGCGCAAGAAUAAACCUAAGAAAAUGCGUAGGAAGCGGAGGCAUCACAAGAAGCAGCCCAAGAUAAAAGAGCACGAAAAGAAGCGUAAGAAGAGCAUGAAGAAUCAUCGUAACAUUAAGAAAGGGAAGGGAAUGGAUCAGAGCGAGGACGAUGAUAAAUUUCACGAACAGAGGAAACGGCAUCACGGUAAAGGAAGGAAGAAUACGAUGAAUUCGAUCAACGAUAUCCAGAGAAGAAAGAUCAACACGUUUCUGGUUGCCGAUAAUAUGGAGGAUGAAUCGCAGAUGGAUUUGGCUGUUCAUGGUGAACUCGCUGGAAAGAUCGUGGAACAAAUUUUCGAUCAGGUAUUCUUUUUUUCUUUUUUGGAUAAUUCUAUCAACGCGAUUCCUCAUAUUUCAAAAUCAUCAGGUACAAAAAAAUAAAGAUCUGAAGG